CUGCAAACUUGCCUCACGUAAGGUACCAGCAACAUUGUCUUCCCCCAUACCCCCAGGUCCUUCCCUCUACAUAACGUGAUUGCGCUAUCGCCGAGCACUAUCGAUGCCGCCGACCAUGGGGCGUGAUACCUUCAAUCAACAAUCGCUGGGCUUGCCUUUGAACACGAUGGUGAAAGAGGCACGUAUAUUGAUGGUCGGCGCGGGAGGAAUUGGGUGCGAAUUACUCAAGAAUCUCGUCCUCACUGGCUUCGGCGAAAUCCAUAUUGUAGAUCUCGAUACGAUAGACCUUAGCAACCUCAAUCGACAGUUUCUCUUCAGACACGAGCAUAUCAAGAAAUCGAAAGCUUUGGUUGCUAAGGAUGCGGCGCAUAAGUUCAACCCGAAAGUAAAGCUGGAGGCGCAUCAUGCGAACAUCAAGGAUGCGCAGUUCAAUGUGGACUGGUUCAAGGGCUUCACAAUGGUCUUCAACGCUCUGGAUAACCUGGAUGCGAGAAGGCAUGUUAAUAAGAUGUGUCUGGCUGCCGAUGUUCCUCUCAUCGAAAGUGGAACGACUGGUUUCAAUGGUCAGGUUCAGGUUAUCAAGAAGGGGAAGACGGCAUGCUACGAUUGUACAACUAAGGAAACACCCAAGAGCUACCCCGUAUGUACCAUCCGAAGUACGCCGAGUCAGCCAAUUCAUUGUAUCGUUUGGGCAAAAAGCUAUUUGUUGAGUGAGAUAUUUGGCGCCAGCGAGGACGAAGCGCCAGAAUUGGAUCACUCGAAAGAUUCAGAGAAUGCCCAGGAGAUUGAGAAGCUGCGACAAGAGGCGCAAGCACUGAAACAGAUUAAGGAAGCUAUGGGGACAGAAUCAUUUCCACAAAUGCUUUUUGAUAAAGUCUACAAGGAUGAUGUCGUGCGUUUGAGGUCAAUGGAAGAGAUGUGGAAAACACGGCGGCCACCGGAGCCUAUUGAUUAUAAUACGGUUAUCCAAGAAAAAGAAGCAGUCGAUGCUGAGGCGAACAAAGCUAAGAUACUGAAAGAUGGGCAAAGAGUUUGGAGUCUGCAUGAGAAUGUCGUUGUUUUCAAGGACAGCCUCGAACGAUUGAGCCAAAGACUCACGGCCAUGAAAUCAAACUCAAAUGGCGAUGCUGCUGAACCCGUAAUCACAUUCGACAAGGACGACGAAGAUACUUUAGAUUUUGUCGCCGCAAGUGCCAAUUUGCGGUCAAUAAUCUUUGGAAUUGAGACCAAGUCGCGAUUCGACAUAAAGCAAAUGGCCGGAAACAUCAUACCCGCCAUUGCAACAACUAACGCUAUUGUGGCCGGCCUGUGUGUCCUACAGGCGUUCAAAGUUUUGCGGGGAGACUUCUCAAGCACGAAAGAGGUCUUCCUUUCACCAUUCGCGCCAGAACGGCUACUGUCUUCAGAUAGAUUUCGGGAACCCAAUCCCGACUGCCCAGUGUGUAGUGUUGCACAGACUCGCGUCCUUGUUGAUAUGUCAAGGGCAACUCUCAAUGAUCUCGUCGAGGACUUCUUGCGACUCGAAUUGGGAUACGGAGAGGAGUUUGUCGUCAAUAGCGACAUAGGACCCAUUUAUGAUGUUGAAGAGACGGACAAUUUGACCAAGAAGUUGUCGGAGCUUGGCAUCAAGGGUGACAGCUUCUUGACCAUCAUAGAUGAGGACGAUGAGAAUCCACGGGUGAACCUCGUACUGAGUGUACAAGAGUCAACCACGGCUUUGGACGAUAAACCCAUCAAAAGCCUCGAUAUUCCUUCAACUCGCGGAAUUGAGCCACCUGCGUCACCCAUUCCGAGAAGAAAGAAAUCGAUCCUGGAGUCGAAUGAUCAAGGAACCAACGGCGUCGAAGCAACCACUGCAACGACGAAUGGCAGUUUAGGCACCAAAAGAACCGCAGCAGAGGCUCUGGGUGACGACUCGCCGGAAACGAAACGAUCGAAAACAGAACCCAAUGGUUCUAAUGGUACUAAUAGUGCCUCGGCGAAUGAUGAUCUAAUAUUGGUUGACGACUCCGCAGAUGGAGCCAUUGUUAUCGACGAUGACUGAUCUGGUCCCAUUCUCCUUUGCCAACUUUCACUUCAUGCUUGUCAUUUGUUUGUCAGAUUCACGGAGAGCCGGUUCCUUCACAUGAUAGCAAUUAGACGGCGCUCAAUCCACCAUCGAGGUUGAGCACACAGUUGUUUGCGUAUCUAUUUGUAGCCAAAAACACGGCAGCGUCGGCUACUUCUGAGGCUU